ACAUGAGGCCUCUCUAAGGGGGAUGGGCAGAGCUGCGGGAGCGGUGUGGCUUUAAGAGUUUACUACCAGCGCUCGCGCAACACAAAGUUUGAAGGCCGGCGAGAAGUGAGACGCCGACGGGUAGGAAGUGACGGGACUGCGCGAGGUUUAGCAGGAAAAAGCCCGACGGGGAGAUCCACGCCGAGCGGCACCGAGGAGCGGGAGGAUCCGGAUCGCGCGCGACCCGGAGCGAGCGGGCUCUGAAUGGGAGCGAACUAGGCUCCGGGGAGUGAAACGCGCAGAUUUCGCCGAGGCGGCUGUCGUGUGGUACCGUAUGUGGGAAACGCUGGCACGCGCUGCAGCGAGCGGAGCCGCGUCCCGUCAGCCGUGACCCGCGGUUCGAGCGUGAAGGAGUGGACUUUACGCGGGGCACAAUGAAACCGUCGCGGAUAUGAGCGCAGCUCUCUGGAGGUCUCCUCGCUUUUUUCCUCUCUCGGCUUCGGUUUCGCGUCUUCGGGGAUGUUCGCGGGUUCCACCUCGGCGGCUCCAGUUCGGACUCUGACCCAUCUCUGCGCCCUGGUGCUGCUCGCCGCCGCGGGACUCGGUUCCGAGCUGCGCGUGCGGGUCCGGCUGACCGACGGGCUGGUGACCGAGGAGGUUCUGGAAGCGGACAGCGAGAGGGAUUCGAUAUCUCUCGAAUUCAAACAGGGUGAUGGGACUCUCAUCACUUUUGUGGCGGACUUUAAGCAGGAUGUGAAGAUAUUCCGGGCGCUGAUUCUUGGCGAGCUGGAACGCGGGCAGAACCAGUACCAGGCCCUGUGCUUCAUCUCUCGCCUCAACCGCAAUGAGAUCAUCCCCAGCGAGUCCAUGGCUCGCCUCAGACAGAAAAAUCCCCAGGCCAUCCGCUUGGCAGAGGAGCGCCGGGGGCUGGAGCAGCUGACCAUGAGCGUGGCGGUCAACCUGAGCCGGGCCUGGCAGCUCAGCUCCCACAUUCACAACAUGUGCAGCGAGGCCCGGGAGGCCAUCUACACCAGGGAGGCAGACGUCAAGCACUGGCUGGACAAAGGGGUGGACGGCGCCAUGUUUGAGGCCUUGCCCCAAACCACGGAGGCGCCCAGCUUCCAGGCCUGUCACGGCGCCAAAGACUUGUGGCAGCCGUGCCUGUGCACGUACAGCCUGCGUCUGGAGUGGUACCCGUGUCUGCUGAAGUACUGCCGGAGCCGCGACACCACGGGCAAAGGCUCCACCUACAAGUGUGGCAUAAAGAGCUGCAGCAAAGGGUACUAUUUCACCUACUACGUGCCACAGAAACAGCUCUGCCUGUGGGACGAGGAAACCUAGCAUUUUGUUCCGGACGGUUGGGGAAAGCGGCCAAGCCCAUGUUUCUCCACCCAUGCUACUCAAAGUCAACACGGGGACACUAGGCCGUGGUUUGCGCCACGCUAAGUGACGCUGUCUCAGGUGGGGAGUGGCAGGAUUGAAAUGUUCAAGCUGACGCCACGAACUGUUUCAUGUUCCAAAUGAGACCAAAAGCCUUAAAGGACGGGGAGAGAGCGAGUCUUAGAUGACCUGUGAACCGUCAGCUGUCAUCUCCAGCAAACUGUGACUGUGCCCACAAGCCGUCACCUUCGUGCCUUUUUCUUUGGGAGACAUUUACGAGCAUAAGAGCUGCACCAACAGCAAGAACCUCUAAAAUAUUAACUAUCGUAUGCACAAAGCUGGACAGUGUGUUUCCAGUCCAUUUACCGCCAGCAGAGGAUCACUAAAGUGUCACUCUGAUCACGAGGUCACGCACACCUAGACUUCCAUCCUGGUGAAACCUUGGAUGGUGGACUUCUCUCUGUAACGACAACCAGCGGUUUGAGCUGGCUGAUCAACAACAUGCUUCUCCAAUGCUGCCGUUAUUUAUUUUGGUUUCAACAUGAAAUUAUGGAGGAUUAUUUUUGUAUAGGUUUGUGAAAAAAAUCCAAGCAUUUUAUUGCCUUAUUCACAGUAAAGACAUAAGUUCAACACGUCUGUACCACAAGUCAACAGUAGCGUAAAGUAUGCAAACACUCUGCUAUGCUUCAUUAAGACCAACGGGAGGUACUUCAUGCCCAACACUCACAUUCUUAGUCUGUUAAAAAUGCUCAAGAAACCAAAGUUUAAAAAACCCCAUCAAAGAACGGUGUUGAGUUUCAGUUUGUAGAAACAGACCUUUUUUCUUCCUUAGGAUUUGCUUGUGAUGAUCUAUGCUGCCAUCUCCUGGUCGCAGUGUUUGAAGCUCUCGUUUUCAGUUAUGUUCAGUUUUUUUAUAUUUCUUCUGUCAUUGUCAAAAGUCAAAUGUUUAUAAAUUAUGCAUCUCAAAUCUUCUGAACACUUACUGUGUGUAAUUCAAGAAGCACUUCUUGAUUGUGGGAUCAAAUUCAGUGUUGUCCGCUUAGAGCCAGGGUGAGGACUUUGGCUCAUCUUUCCUCCACCUUCAUUUCAGUCUUCACUGCUUUCGUGGUUACUGUGUCCAGCGAACUGGAGAACCAAAUGAGUGAAACAUUUCUAUGUGAUGCCUUUUAUUAUGAUCAAGUGCCUUAACAUUUCCACUGAUAUCUUUGCUAUGUAAUUGUAGGUUAAGUUGUAAAACAUAUUUUUUCUAUGAAAGAGUUUUGAAUAUGCUGUAAAAAAGUUGCCAUAAGAAAAUUGAGCAAUUAGGUAAGUUGCCAUUGCUGUUUUACAAUAAUUGUUUCAAUAAAGUUUUUCUUUGCACUGCAGAA